AUGUCUAACGGGGUUUAUGUGCUGCCGAGCGCGGCAAUAGACGUGAAGCCGGUGGUGUCCAGCACGCCGCUGGUGGACUUCCUGAUGCAGCUGGAGGAUUACACGCCUACGAUCCCAGAUGCAGGGACUGGUUACUACCUGAACCGCGCUGGUUUUGAGGCCUCAGACCCUCGCAUAAAUCGGCUCAUCUCCCUAGCUGCCCCGAAAUUCAUCUCAGAUAUUGCCAACGACGCACUACAGCACUGCAAAAUGAAGGGCACAGCCUCUGGCAGCUCCCGAAGCAAGAGCAAGGACCGCAAGUACACUCUAACCAUGGAGGACUUGACCCCUGCCCUCAGCGAGUAUGGCAUCAAUGUGAAGAAG